CGUUACAACACGACUCCGUUAGUCUGUCGCAACAGCUAAACUCACGAGAUAAUCAGGUCGAGAUACAGGCAAAACUCAAGUGACUGCAAUCCGUGCGUGGGUAAAGUGAGAGUCUAGGGAAGAGUUUUGCGCUGCGUCAUUUCCUUCAUCGCGACACGGCUCCUUCACUUGUAAAGCCAUCAGCCCUCAUCGAUUUCCAUCAAAGUCGCAAGUGCAACGAGGCACACAACGCCUGAUCUUCUUGCCCGCUAUUCCGAGGUUGCCAUUAUCCGCGUCCUGGCUGCGCGCGGCACACCUCGACACGAACAUCGCCACACGCGUCGAUACGGCUAGCCAUACGGCGUACCUGGCAUCUCAACAUGGCCAUCGCAGAGGAUGCGGCAACAGUGCUCGAACAGUUCAUACAUGAUGUUGCAAACCUUCCAGCAGAGAUUACGCAUCUAUACGAAGAAGUGCAGGCCAAAGACAAUCAGAUCCAGGAACUGCGCUCUGGCAUACAACAGCGCGAUGGUAGUAUACAGAAGUUCAUCAAACUGAAUGGCAGCCUCGUUGAGAAUCCAAAAGAGGCAGGGUAUUCGAAAACCAUCAUGGCAAACUACGAGAAGGCUCAAAUUCUGCAAGAGGAGAAGAUAGGGCUUGUCGACAAGGCUGCCGCGCUGCUCGACCGUCACGUAAAGCGACUCGAUAUCAAAUUGCGAGACCUACAAAACGAUGGCUCAAUACCUACUGACCCGGAGAUGCCUUCGCUUUUGAGAAACUCUCCAGGAAACUUGGUGCCACCAGCGUCGCAGUCGAAUACAGGAUCCAACACACCGCUGCUCCCUGUGUCUGGCAACGGCGGUGGUGCUCCAAACCUUGCCCAGGCCGCUGCCAUCGCACGACUUACUAAUGCGACGAAUGUGGGGUUAAACUCGAGGAUGAAUCCAUCGCUGCAGAGCAUGCAAACACAGGCGCUGUUGAACCAGCAACGACUCACAAACCAGCAGAGUGCCAUACAGGCGAACGCGCGACAGGAGCGUGAACUCUCGGCAGGAAGCGACAGCAAGCGUCGCCGACCGACAGGAAGCAUUGGCCCUCUCCCUGCAGCAUCUUCAAACCUGGGCCGGCAAGGGUCUAUAGGGCCCGGGACCCCAAAACCGUCCACACCUGGAUCGCGCGCAGGCAGCGUAGGACCCCGGCCGCAGAAGAACGCACUCACAGUAAAAAAGGCGAAACCACAGCAACCGCUGCGCAAGGCGGCCCUUACCGCCAAGUCUGGGGUCAACAAGAAACGCCGCAAGGGUGGGUCACGAGCAUCGCCAUCGACGACGGCGGACGAUGAGAGCGUGGCAAGUGAAGCGGGCACCGAAGACGAGGACAUGUCAGGCAUGGGAGGCGGCGAUGCUGAGGAGGACGAGUCGGAUGACACCAAGUACUGCACAUGCCAGCGCGUUAGCUUCGGCGAUAUGGUGGCCUGCGAUAACGACAACUGUCGGUAUCAGUGGUUCCACUGGGAAUGUGUGGGCAUCAAGGAAGAGCCAUUGGGAGAUUGGCUCUGUCCUGAAUGCAGAAACCAAGCGCCUUCGAAGAUCAAGAGAGCACGUUAGGGACGGUUCGGAGUAGAUCGAGGGUCGGCGGUUGACACGUGACUGCAGAUGCGCACGUGCUGUAGCUUGGCAAGGGUGCACUUGCUCUAUAGCGAGCGGGAGAGGCGUCGACUGGGAACAGCCACCAGCGAGACGCGUGGCAUCAUAUGUCUAUUUUCACACUGUAGUCUGUGUAUGAUAGACUGUUCUAUACCCCAUCAAUUUGCGUACUCGCUGCACG